AUGUUUAAAACAAUUUUAAUUGUUUUUGUUAAUAUUUUAUUGGCAAACUGUGAAGAAAGCAGCAAUCCGUUAACAUCAAAUGCAAACUUUUUAGAGGUUAUAGCUUUUAGAAAAUUGGGCUCGUAUAGAGGAUUUGCUGCAGAUGGUGUAGAAUAUCACAAAACAUAUUAUCUUUCAAGAAAUGUUUGGCUAACUUGGGCUGAAGCAUUAUCAUUUUGCAAAUCUUAUAACUUGGAAUUCUUGACACUUGAUGCUCCAGAAGAAGCAGAAGCAUACUUCAACUUAGUUGACACAAAUGCAUUUUUUAAAACUCAAUCUACAGCAUGGUUCUAUGUUGAUGCUUUCGCAAUGACAUUGAAUUCUCGUACAGAUUGGUAUUGGUCAACGACAGGACAAAAAGUUUCUUUUCCUAUUCCUUGGCACCCAAAUCAUCCUCGACAUCAGUAUUGUCUUUGUCUUAACAAAGAAAGUUUAAAUGCCAGAUUUUAUUUUUAUGACGCAGGAUGUAAUGGAGCUGCUGGAGCUGCAUGUCAAAAAACUACCAUUUUAUCUGCUAAUUCUAAAAAGUAA